CUCGUCUAUCGUCAUUCUCGCGGAUGCUGCCUCCACAUCAACACCUCUUUCUCUUUCGCCCGAACUCGCUCUACAAUCUGUCUACCUGUCUCUCUCUCUCUCCUCCUCCUCCUCUCCUUCCUUGCAUCUUUCCUUUCCUUCGUCCCUCGCUCAAUCGCUGCCCCCCUUCCCCUUUUGCGACCCGCCCCCCUCUCGGUGCGGACAUGCUGAGGUCGGUGUGGAGAUGAGGUUCCGCAAUGUGUCCUUCUUGACGCUCUUGUUGUUUGGACUCUGCGGGCUGGUCUCGCUGUCCUGGUACACCGCCUUCAGCUCCUCCAGAGGAGAUGUGGUGGACAUCUACCAGCGGGAAUUCCUGGCCUUGAGGGAGCGCCUGCACUCGGCCGAGCAGGAAAACCUGCGCCGUUCCAAAGAGCUCAACCUGGUCCUGGAUGAGAUCAAGCGGGCCAUCGCCGAGAAGCAAGCGCUCAGGGACAUCAACAGAACCUGGAGCAGCCUCUCCGAGGAGACCAGGAUGAAGUUGUGGAAUGUGAGCAUCAGCAAGAAUUUCCUUCAGCUUCCCUCUGUCCUCCAUCAUCUUCCUCAUCUCAUCAACAGAGAAGAUAGCCUUCAGCCCGCCAUCCACGUGGGACAAGGACGCACCGGAGUUUCCAUAGUGAUGGGCGUUCCUAGCGUGAAGCGGGAGGUCCACUCAUACUUGACGGACACGCUCAACUCUCUGAUGUCACAACUCAGCGCCGCAGAGAAGGACGACUGCGUCAUCGUCGUCCUGAUCGCCGAGGCAGACCAUCAGUACGCCGUGAGCGUGGCAGACAACCUGAAGCUCCUUUUCCCAUCAGAGAUCCAGUCAGGCCUGUUGGAAGUGGUCUCGCCGUCGGUCAACUUCUAUCCGGACUUCUCGCACCUGCGCGAAUCUUUUGGAGACCCGAAGGAGAGAGUCAGGUGGCGCACCAAGCAGAACCUCGACUACUGUUUCCUCAUGAUGUACGCGCGCUCCAAAGGAACCUACUACGUGCAGCUGGAGGACGACAUUGUAGCGCGGCCCACCUACUUGAGCACCAUGAAGAACUUUGCCUUGCAGCAACCUUCCGAGGAAUGGAUGAUCCUGGAAUUCUCGCAGCUCGGCUUCAUCGGUAAGAUGUUCAAGUCUUCCGACUUGUCUCUGAUCGUGGAGUUCAUGUUGAUGUUCUACAAGGACAAACCCAUCGACUGGCUACUGGACCACAUCAUGUGGGUGAAAGUCUGCAACCCGGAAAAGGACGCGAAACACUGCGACCGUCAAAAAGCCAACCUGAGGAUUCGCUUCAAGCCGUCGCUCUUCCAGCACGUGGGAACGCACUCCUCGCUGGCCGGGAAGAUACAGAAACUCAAGGACAAGGACUUCGGGAAGCAGAGCCUCCACAAGGGUCACGCCAACCCGCUGGCCGAGGUCACCACCAGCCUCAAGACGUACCAGCACUUCACCCUGGAGAAGGCCUACCUCGGCGAGGACUUCUUCUGGGCCUUCACACCAGUGGCGGGCGACUUCAUCCGGAUACGCUUCUUCACGCCCGUGCGCAUCGAGAGGUAUUUCUUCCGAAGCGGGAAUAUUGAGCAUCCGGGAGACAAAUUGGUCAACACGUCAGUAGAGGUUCUCCCGUUUGAUAACAUUCAGGCGGACAAAGAAGCUCUGACAGACGGGAAGGACAAAAGUCAGAAAUACCAUCGCACAGAGGAUGGAUUCAUCCGAAUUGGAAUGUUCCAGAAAGGCAUCGCAGAGGGGGAAGUGGAUCCCACCUUUGGACCCUUGGAGGCCAUUCGCCUCAGCGUCAUCAGCGACUCUCCCGUUUGGAUCAUCCUCAGUGAGAUUUUCAUCAAGAAAGUGGAGUGAUGAGUGAGCGGGGUACUCUGGGUCUUGAGGUCUCUGUGUCUUGGGGCUCUCCUUCUUGCUCAGUCAAGCCUCCCAACUUCCACAGUGCCACAGCGCCACCCUCUGGUUGCGUCUGGCCCCUGCAGGUAGAAAAAGCUCAGUCAGAUGACGCAAGGUCACGUGACAAGAAGUUGAAGUCAUGUUGAACGUUCUGACACCCGAAUGGCGGUUGGGGAAAGACCGACGUCGGAUGAUGAUGGUAACGUUGAUGACGGUGCCAUUUUCGAGGUCUUAUUCUCAGACCGAAGCCACCUGGAUGUCACGCGUAGCCGAUAGUCGCAAUCCUUUGCUGAGACUGACACUGACAGAGGUGACAUCCUGCGAAGACGUUCCUUGGCUUCCUCGUCCAAAUGUUGGGGAUGACUUCCUGUGUGCCUUCACAAGGCUGUACACUGGACAGUCAGACGCGCGGACUGACUGACAUGCAAUUCUCACUGGAAGAGCGACGGUCCACAUGACAUCAGAUGACAACCUUCUCUGCUCCAGUCACGUGACAGACGAGAGAUGUUCACAUGACAGCAACAACACACAUAGUUGGAAGGAUGCCAUGGUGAUCCCCGCUCAGAAUGAACUCUUUGCUGUACUUUGUUGGAAACUACUUUGUACUCCCAACUGUUACUUCAGAAGAAUUACUCCGCUUUAGAGAGGUACUUUUCUGUACUUGACACUUUUCUACUUUUAUGUCACGUCUAGUUUCUUGUCAUAUCAGUAGCUGAUGAAAGGAUAAAUUAUUAAAAGAAUCAUCAAUAAAUAUGUUUGAAUGUCA